AUGUACGGUCACAAAACCUGCUUAACCAUCUGCUCAUUUACAUUUCUUGUCAUUCUAGGCAUUGUUUCGGGCAAACUGAAGUGUGUGCUGGCCCUCUUCUUCAGUCUUUCAAAGCACAAACAAAAAAUGCGUUCCCAGACAAAACUCCCCAUUCCCGGCGCCAUUCGCCCUUCCAUUUUGCCCACAAGUGUCGGUCCGACGCCCUACGCCUUACGAUCCAAGGACGUCGAGCAGAAGUCCAAUUCCGAAAGUCCCGACGGAGAUCGACGCUAUGUGACGCCACCAAGCUCGGUGCAAAACAGUUUGCCGGACAUUCAAAUGUCUAAGGAGAGGGUGAACUCCAACAGUCCAGCGGAGCCUAAACCUCGGGUAUCCUCUCUGCCCGUUUUUGGUGCGCGCAGUGCAGGACAGGACAGCUCCUAUGUCAGGCGAAGCAAGUACGCCUAA